AUGUGGGCUACAAGUUUCGAUAUACCUAAUGGGGCUCGCCAAGUUUUGAAUGAGCAGAUGAUAAAUGAAAUUUCUUCUUAUUUACCUAUUGUUCUUGCACUGCGUCGAUGGCAGCUUUCUUAUUGUACGAAAUUACAUGGUAUUUCAUUCGGCUCAUUUUAUAGGUUAGUAUCAGAGAAAGGCCCAAGUAUCCUUGUCGUUCGUGAUUCUGAUGGAGUUAUAUUUGGUGCGUUUAUUUCCGAAUCAAUAAGGAAUUCCACCAGCUAUUAUGGAACUGGUGAGAUGUUUGUAUUCACAUACAGAAUGGAAAGAAGUGAUUGUGAAGUCUCUGAUAUAUUAAGUCCAAUCUACAAGAAUACAGACUAUACAAAUAUUAAGCACUCAACCUGCAUAUGUAGAAUGGUAUACUGUGAUGAUCUUAGUGACCAGUCUAACACAAACUCUCUCAAAAGCGGAGACAAGUCUUUCUUGAACAAGCUAUCAGAAAAAAAUCUAGCUGACAAUUGUAGUAAAAGUGAAAAAGUGCCGAAUAAUGUGAAUGAAGAAUCUAAUAUUUCACAAAUAAAAGUUUUUCCUUGGAGUGGGAAGAAUUGCUUUUAUAUAUAUUCAGACAGCAAUCAUAUCGCUGUCGGCGGUGGUGGAUCAUAUGCUCUUGCUAUUGACGCUGACUUCCUUAGAGGUUGGUCAUCGCCAUGCGUGACUUUUGAUUCACCAUGUUUGUCAAGAAAUGAAGACUUUAUUAUAAGUGCUUUCCAAGUAUGGACACUUGCAGAUGACUCUAUGUAA